AUGACAUCAGAAGGCACCGUUCAACUUCGCCUCAGAAUAUGUACUAUUGGGUACAUGAAUUACACACACAAUGCGCUCAAUUACACAUGUGUAAUGUCUGGGCAUUUAACAGGUUUACAGGCUAGAGUUAAGGAAGUUGCACCUAAUGCUUUAUUUACACACUGCCUAGCUCACAGAUUAAAUUUGGUAUUGCAACAUGGUUGUAGUAUAAAUGCUAAAUGUCGUAUAUUUUUUGCUAACCUCACUGGUAUCCCUGCUUAUUUUCACAAUUCCACUUCACGUACUAAUUUUGUAGAUACUAUUGUAGGGAAAAGAAUUUCUCAAUUUGUUGAAACAAGAUGGUCCUCACGGUCAAAAAUUUUACACACAAUAGUUAAUGAGUGGUCUGGGUUUAUAAAUGUUUUUGACUGUAUUAGCAAAGAUCCAAAAUCGUCAUCUGAAACUAUUUGUGGUGCUAUUGGUCAUUUUAAAAAUUUAAAAACUUUUGAAUUUGCUUUCUUAGCACUGAUAAUUAGUGAUAUAUUCAUAUAUACUGACAAUUUAUUUAACAUACUCCAAAAUAAAUCAUUUGAUGUAGAAUUUUGCUUGAUAAAAAUAAAUAUAACAUAUGAUCUUAUAAAUAAAAAAAGAAAUGAACCUGAAUUUUUAAAAUUAUUUAAUCAAGCAGUUACUCUUACAAAACCUCCAAAAGCUACAAGAAAUGAAUCUAACAAUCAAUCAAAUUUUAAAAUAUUGUUUUAUGAAAUAAUUGAUAAUAUUCUAAUGCAAUUAAAUACCAGAUUUCAAGAUUUGUAUUCAUCUAGGAUAAGAAUGUUAUUAUUAGUAUUAUUAUUAUUAAGAGGAUGUUACACCUGCUCAUGUAAAAUGUGCUGUAUCCUACACAUGUAA